AGAGGAAAGAAAAGAACAAUUAAAUGCUACAGUUCGCUCAUCCCUUCUCUGUUCCUUUGUUGAUCAGUUUACUUUAUGGACGAAGUCCUCUUCUAGAUUUUGACUUUUGUCCUCAAAAGCGGAAUAAGAAGGAGAAGAACACUACCAUCUUGCACAGAUCAAACCCCUAGAUCUCCUCCUUCGCUUCGUCCUGACUAAGAAGAGUGCUCAGUAGCUUUCUGCUGCUCCUUGGAUUUCAAAUUUGCGAUUUCUUGGAAAGGGAAUAAAAUGUUAUCCUUCUUUGGACUCUUUGAGAAAUGAUAUCAAAAUGGUGAAUAGAAGUGAUUUGGUAGUGAUUGGCAUAUCGGUUGGUCUCGCGCUCGGUCUCUUACUCGCUCUUCUUCUAUUCUUCGUCAUAAAAUGGUACAACGGCCGCUCUCACCUAAGGCGAUGCGCUAACGAACAGAACAUCCCAACUCUACCCGUCCACACAGCUAAAAGAGCCGUAGUACUAACCCCUGACGAUAGCUCAAACACAGCAUCCUUACAGCCACCUGAGAAUACAGCAGCACCAACUCAACAUCAGCCAUGGUGGAACAACAACCAUAACAAAGAUCUCACCGUAUCUGCUUCCGGCAUACCUAAAUAUCACUACAAGGAUAUUCAGAAGGCAACUCAAAACUUCACAACCAUUCUUGGACAAGGAUCUUUCGGUCCUGUGUACAAGGCCGUUAUGCCUAACGGAGGUUUAGCUGCAGCGAAGGUUCACGCCUCUAACUCAAGCCAGGGAGAUAGAGAGUUUCAAACCGAGGUGUCUUUACUUGGGAGGCUGCAUCACAGGAACCUCGUGAACUUGGUGGGUUACUGUGUGGAUAAAAGCCACAGGAUGUUGAUCUAUGAGUUCAUGAGUAAUGGAAGUUUGGAGAAUCUUUUGUACGGCGGCGGGGGUGAAGAAGCUACACAAGUCUUGAGAUGGGAAGAGAGGCUUCAGAUCGCUCUUGACAUCUCCCACGGCAUUGAGUAUCUUCACGAGGGAGCCGUGCCGCCUGUUAUCCACCGUGAUCUUAAGUCUGCAAACAUACUGUUAGAUCACUCCAUGAGAGCUAAGGUUGCUGAUUUUGGGUUGUCUAAAGAGAUGGUUUUCGAUAGAAUGAACUCCGGAUUGAAAGGCACUCACGGAUACAUGGAUCCAACGUACAUUUCGACAAACAAGUACACUUUAAAAAGCGACAUUUACAGUUUUGGAGUCAUCAUCCUUGAGCUCAUUACUGCCAUCCAUCCCCAACAGAAUCUUAUGGAAUACAUCAACCUGGCUUCGAUGAGUCCAGAUGGUAUUGACGAGAUAGUCGAUCAGAAGCUAGAGGGAAACGCAAACAUUGAAGAAGUGAGGUUACUGGCCAAGAUUGCAAACAGGUGCGUGCACAAGACGCCAAGGAAAAGACCAUCUAUUGGAGAGGUCACACAGUUCAUACUAAAGAUCAAACAAGGUCGGUCUAGAGGAGGAAGAAGACAGGACACAAUGUCUUCAUCGUUUGGUGGUGUUAUGGAUGGAGAAGAUAUGUCGAGAGUUAUAAGCAGGAUUAAGGAUCAGCAUGUUGAGUUAGGGCUAUUGGCUGGUGUCAAAGAAGAGGAUCAUCAGGAGAGGAACGGUACAACAACAACAUUGUAACUAGGAAGAAAGUCUUUAUUUUGUACAUACUAUUACCCACGUGAGUCUCAAAAAUCAAAGAUGUUUACAGCUUGCUGACAAGUAAAAAAAAAAAAAGCAGAGGUUUAUGCCGCA